AUGCGCAUAUCCGUGAGGACUCUGCUGCUCGCGAGCGUCUUUUUCGUGGAGUGCGCCGCGGAGACUCAGCUAUGCGCGCCCGUGCGCUUGGACACCGAGCAGACGGACUUCUCUCAAUUCGGCGCGGGCGCGCUGCCACCGCGCGCGUCUUUCCGCGUGAGUGCGUUCGGCCAGGACCUUGUGCUCGAGCUGCGUCCGGAUUCCGCUUUCAUCGCGCCCGCGAUGGAGAUGCGCGCGCACCCCGGUGCCCCAGACCUAAGCCGGUGCUUCUACGCCGGCCACGUGAACGCGGACGCACUGUCGUAUGCUGCGCUGAGCUUGUGCGGCGGCAUGCGGGGCGCGUUCGGCUACGACGGCUGGGAGUACUUCAUCGAGCCUGCAGCCGGCGAGGAGGGCGCAGUGGAGGGCGCGCACGUGAUUCGGCGGCGCACCAACGGCGAGCGGCGAUGCGCCGUAGACGGAGACCUCGGGGGCUCCAGCGCGGCCGUGGCACGCGCUUUGGGAAAGCUGCGGAAGCGCGCGGAGGAGGAGGAGAAAGAGGAGAACGAGUUGCGCGCGACGGCACUGAAAAGCCGCUCCAAACGCUUCGCUUCCGUCCCGCGCUACGUGGAGACGUUAGUGGUGGCAGACGAAUCCAUGGCCGACUUCCACGGAGACGACCUCAAGCACUACGUGCUCACUCUGAUGUCCGUGGCCGCGCGCCUCUACAAGCAUCCGAGCAUCCUCAACCCCAUCAGCAUCACCGUGGUCAAAUUUAUGGUCAUCGGCGACGAGGAAAAAGGGCCCAAGGUGACCAACAACGCGGCCAUGACCCUGCGCAACUUUUGCACGUGGCAGAAAAAGAUGAACAAGAACAGCGACAAGCACCCGGAAUACUGGGACACGGCCAUUCUCUUCACUAGACAGGAUCUAUGUGGGGCCUCCACCUGUGACACUCUGGGCAUGGCAGACGUUGGCACCAUGUGUGAUCCUAAGAGGAGCUGCUCAGUGAUUGAGGACGAUGGCCUGCCAUCUGCAUUCACCACUGCCCAUGAACUUGGCCAUGUCUUCAAUAUGCCUCAUGAUAAUGUGAAAGCAUGUGAGGAUAUAUUUGGAAAGUUGCAGGACAAUCACAUGAUGUCUCCUACCCUAAUCCGGAUCAACCGCACCAGCCCAUGGUCUCCCUGCAGCGCUGCCAUCAUCACAGACUUUCUGGAUAGUGGGCAUGGUGAGUGUUUACUCGACCAGCCCCAGAAGCCUUUGGCCCUCCCUGAUGUUCUCCCUGGUGCGUCCUAUGGUCUGGAGAAGCAGUGUGAGCUGGCAUUUGGGACUGGCUCCAAGCCAUGUCCGCUCAUGCAGGCACCGUGUCAGAGGCUGUGGUGCACGGGGAAGACCCGCGGACAGCCCGUCUGCCAGACACGCCAUUUCCCCUGGGCAGACGGCACCAGCUGCGGGGACGGCAUGGUUUGCCUGCGUGGCAUCUGCCUAGAGAAGCAGGAGGUCACCAAGACAAAGGUGGAUGGAAAAUGGGGCAGAUGGGGGUCAUUUGGGACUUGCUCUAGGACCUGUGGUGGUGGGGUACAGUUGGCAAAGCGAGAGUGCAAUAACCCAGUACCAGAGAAUGGAGGCAAAUACUGCCAGGGAGUGAGGGUCAAGUACCGGUCCUGCAACCUCACACCGUGCCCUGACACCGGGAAGAGUUACCGUGAAGAACAGUGUGAGGCCUUCAACGGCUUCAGCCUUAACACCAACCGCCUCGCGCCCUCCGUCGUGUGGGUGCCCAAGUACUCAGGAGUGUCUCCUAAAGACCAGUGUAAGCUGAUAUGCAGGGCUAACGGAACUGGCUACUUCUACGUUCUGUCCCCCAAGGUUGUGGAUGGAACCCCAUGUUCUCCUGACUCCUCGGGGGUCUGUGUCCAAGGCAAAUGCUCCAAGGCCGGCUGCGACGGCAAACUGGGCUCCAACAAGAAGUUUGACAAGUGUGGCGUGUGUGGUGGAGACAACAAACACUGCAAGAAGAUAUCAGGCCUCUUCACAAAACCUGCCCAUGGCUACAACUUUGUUGUCAUGCUUCCAGUGGGUGCUUCCAACAUUGACAUCCGCCAGCGUGGCUACAAGGGCAUGGUGAGCGAUGACAACUACCUGGCUGUGAAGAACAGCCAGGGCAACUAUUUGCUGAAUGGAAACUAUGUGGUGUCAGCCGUGGAGAGGGACAUCCUGGUGCGAGGGAGCCUGCUCCGCUACAGUGGCACAGGCGGACAGUCUGAGACCCUGCAGGCCAUUAAGCCUCUGGGGGAGCCGCUGACCGUGGAGGUGCUGUCUGUGGGCCAGAUGACCCCUCCGCGCAUCCGCUACUCCUUCUACCUGAAGCGGGACAGCAAAGAGGAAAAGACACUAAAGAAGGAGGGCAGGGAACGGGCAGAAAACAGUGUCCUGGUCGAGGAGGGCGGGAUCAAUGGGAAGGAAGCCGACCUCCUCAAGGAAAAGCUCCCACCCUCUUAUGCCAAACAGGCCCCACUCCCUGGGAAGUGGGCGGCGGCCAGGUGGGAUGAAUGCUCGGUGACUUGUGGGAAUGGCCUCCAAAGGAGGAUGGUGCAAUGCCUUAGGGUAGACGGAGGCCCCGGGACAGACUGUGACCCGGCCAAAAGGCCCAGUGCCAUGCGGGUGUGUGGGGAUCCCUGUCCCGUGUGGGAAAUGGGUGAUUGGUCUCCUUGCUCCAGGAGCUGUGGGAAGGGCUUCAAAAGACGCCCUCUCCGCUGUGCCACCCAGACAGGGAUGCUGUUGCCGAGGGAGCACUGCACGGGCAUGAAGAAGCCGCAGGAGCUGGACUUCUGUUCGUUAAAACCCUGUUAAUGACUCUGCCCCCCCUCCACUUCCAUUAUCUUCUUUCACGGACUUGUCACUUUGUCAAAUGAUACUCGACGAAGAAAAAAAAAAGAUAAACGAUCCA